AUGCUUGCCAAAUACCUCCGCCGCUCGCCGCCCAGCUGUCAUCACCUCCUGGCCGAGCUCCUCAUGUCUCUUCCUCACCAACAUCAACCCUCCCUUUACCUUAUCCCACCCCUUUUGGUACCACAGUUCCUGUCUGCACCUACCAAAACGAUGUCUACAGCACGGAUCAAAGGGAGUAAAAGGUCCCGCGCUGAGUCCUUACUGCCGUCUUCGUCCACAGUGAGUCUGCCUUCCUCUCCCCCCUCCGACCUUUAUGACCGAACGGUCGGCCUCUUAAACGAGUGGGCGCAGCACUACGAGAAGCGGAAGGGAAAGCGCAGGAAGCUCAACAAGCGAGCGACGUCGAAAGCACUGCUCCUCGAGGAGCUCCACAAGGAAGCUUCAUCGCAGCCCUUCUGGAGCGUCUUUCGGCGCUUGACCGACGCUGCCCGGACCGGUGAGCCCACAGCUUCCUACGCCUUAGCGCGACCGGGUAACCUCACGGAAACCUCCGAGUCUUCGGCCGACGAGGAGCCACCCGCCGACCCGAUCGAGAUUGGCUUGCGGGCCCAGGUCUCCGACGACACUACCACAUUCUUCAAUCCCUUCAUCCAGCACGAGACAACGCUGUAUCGAGUCGCAGCGUACCUCGAUGAUGAAGACGCUGUGCUGAAGCGUGUGGCAGUACCCUUUCCCCGCGAAAAGGCUAUGGCUCACCGGGACGAGGACGGAGACAUCAUCCUCUCCCUGAAGAUGAUCGACCGAACUCAGGACCGACUGCGCGAAUCGACCUUCAACCCGAAGAAUCUCGUGUUGCGGGCUGCCGUUGCGCCGCCAGCCAAGAAGGCCUGCGCUCAGAUGGUGGCGGCAGCGUCGGCCGCAAUCGCGCAGAGCACCAACGACAUUGCGCGCGCCAUCAAGGUCAUCGAGGAGAAUACCGCGAUCAUCGUCAAGAUGGCCUCCUCCGCUGAGCCAGCCAACCCGCAGUUCGACCCGCUCCCACUGUUCGCACCCGCUCUACCAACGAACCAAGCCGGGGAAGCAGGAUCAAGCCCCACUCCCAUGUCUACGUGGGCAAUCGAGACAGUGGCUUCGAUCCACAUGUUGACUCGCAAACCGAACGCCGAGUAUGACAAGAUGCUCAAGUCAUUCCUCGACGGGCGCAGGAAGGGCACGUUCAUCCGGUUCGUUUCGGGCGGAUCCGCAACGAGGAGAGUUGCGUUCCUCGGUGACCAGCGACUCGAAGACGUCAUCGACAUCUCCGUGCCGUUGCCCGAAGGGGAGCUGGACAAGCGCAAGAAGUUCCGCGGAGUCCACUCGGGGUAUCGCCUCUUGCACGUGCACGAGCUCCCCGACGGGUCAGUCGUGUGCGACCCCGAUUUUGUGAAGAUGCUGGUGUCCACGGAGGGGGGUCGCGAGCGCUUUGUUUACGGCGUCGAGGCUCUUGAACCAGACAACGCGCGUCGCUGGAGGAACCUCAUAAGGUGGCUCUCCCUCACAUCAUACGAUAACGCCACCCCCUCGUGA